AUGGCCGGAAAGGAGGAAGGACGGGCGAUCGGGAUUGAUUUGGGCACGACUUAUUCGUGCGUGGCAGCAUGGCAGCACAACCGCGUCGAGAUCAUACCCAAUGAUCAAGGCAACCGCACCACGCCCUCUUGCGUCGCUUUCACCGAAAACGAGCGUCUCAUCGGAGAAGCCGCCAUGAAUCAAGUCGCCAGUGCUCCAACUAACACCGUUUUCGAUGCAAAGAGGCUGAUUGGCCGUAAAUUCAAUGACUCAAUGGUUAAAAGUGACAUGAAACUAUGGCCAUUCAAGGUCAUUCCUCACCCUACUGACAACAAGCCUAUGAUAGUAGUAAGCUACAAAGGGAAGGAGAAACGGUUUUCAGCUGAGGAGAUCUCUUCGAUGGUGCUGUCUAAGAUGAAGGAUAUUGCUGAGGCCUAUCUUGGUUCAUCCGUCAAGAAUGCUGUCGUCACCGUGCCUGCUUAUUUCAACGACUCUCAGCGUCGCGCUACCAAAGAUGCUGGAACCAUUGCCGGCCUCAACGUUGUGAGGAUCAUCAAUGAGCCUACUGCUGCAGCCAUCGCAUACGGUCUAGAUAAAGGGGGUGAUGUGCCUAAGAAUGUGCUUAUUUUCGACCUUGGUGGUGGCACAUUUGAUGUGUGUGUGGCUGCGAUUGAGGCGGGUAUCAUCGAAGUGAAGGCUAUAGCUGGAGAUACUCAUCUUGGUGGGCAAGACUUUGACAGUAGGAUGGUGAAUCAUUUCGUGAAAGAGUUUGAAAGGAAGAACGGUAAGGAUAUUAGUAUGAAUCCAAAAGCCUUGAGGAGAUUGAGGAGUGCUUGUGAAAGGGCAAAGAGGAUGCUUUCCUCCACUUCCCAAACUAAUAUUGAGGUUGAAUCUUUGUUUGAGGGGAUUGAUCUGUUUUCAACGGUCACUCGUGCUAAAUUUAAUGAGCUCAACAUGGAUUUGUUCAACAAGUGUAUGGAGCUGGUUGAGAAAUGCCUGAGUGAUGCAAAGAUGAAUUGGAGGAGUGUGGAUGAGGUGGUGCUGGUGGGCGGGUCGAGUAGGAUUCCGAAGGUGCAGGAGUUGUUGAAGGUGAUUUUCAAUGGGAAGGAGGCGUGCAAGGCUAUUAAUCCAGACGAAGCAGUGGCGUAUGGUGCUGCAGUGUUGGCUGCCAAGUUGAGUGGUGAAAGCAAUGAGAAGGUGCAAAAUGUGGUUCUUUCAGAUGUUACUCCUUUGUCUCUUGGGAUUGCAGGCGUUGCAGAUGUGGUGCACGUGAUUAUUCCGAGGAAUACACCUAUACCAACAAGGAUGGAGAAAAUUUUCACCACAGAGAAGGACUAUCAGACAGGUGUAACAAUUAAGGUGUGUGAGGGUGAAAGAAGCAAGGUAUUAGACAACAAUCUACUAGGAGUAUUCAGUCUCCAAGGCAUUCCAGCGGCACCCAGAAGAGUUCCUAAAAUCAAAGAAUGCAUCGACAUUGAUGCAAAUGGUAUCAUGAGUGUGUCAGCGGAGCUCAUUGGUACUGGGUUGAAGAACAAGAUGAGCAUAACCAAUUACAAGGGCAGGCUGUCUAAGAAAGAAAUAGAGAAGAUGGUGAAAGAUGCAGAGAAGUACAAGAGGGAGGACGAAGAGUAUAGGAAGAAGGCUGAUGCAAGGAAAGCUUUGGUGAACUACGCCUACGACAUGAGGAACAACACCAGAUGUGCAGCCGGGAUUGGAGCAGCCGACAAGAAGAAGAUAGAGAAGGCGUUUGAGUCUACUGUAAAAUGGUUGGAGUCGAACAAACUUGCAAAGGUUGAUGCUUUCAUAAAAAAGAUGGAGGAGCUUAAGAGGAUUUACAAACCCAUUGAAGCCAUGAUGCAACACAGCAACCCAUAAUCCACUAUUGAAGAAGUGGAUUAGUUAUUAGCAAAUG